UUGCUGAGAGCUUGGCUAAAAAAGUUGACAUGACAAAGGUGCGCCUUGAAGUGGUGAAGCCUUGGGUCACUGAGAAGAUCACUGCCAUCCUGGGCAUGGAGGAUGACGUGGUGAUUGAAUAUGUCUUCAAUCAGCUGGAGGCCGAGAAGCAAGUAAUGCCAAAAGGGUGUUGGUCCAUGGUGGUGGAGGCGCCCCUGCCAGCAACCUGCUCCAUACCAGCCCUAUGGUAGAGCACCGUCUGCACUUGGCUGGCCUGCUGCAUGGGGCUGGUCUGCUGCUCUUGUCUGGGUUCUUUCCCUCAGGGGUGUGAGGCACACAUGCCUGAACACCCUGUGAGGAAGGGUUCUCUGGGCCUGGGCCACCAGGUUGUGGCCUAACAUUCAUCGAGGGACUGCAGCCUGGGCCGGGGCUAGGGCCUGUGCUGUCCCACCUGUCUGGAUUGCUCUUGGCCCCAUGGCAAGGAGCAGUCUGGACUAGUUGCUGAGGAGUUGGCCUGGGUCUCAUUCCUGGGCUAGAUACCUGGGGAUUUCAGUAGCAAGACAUCACAUCUUGGACUUCCAGCCUGGGUCUUGCAUAGCACGACCUGGGUGUGUCAGCCAGCAGUGAAGACGUCACUUCAUCCCAGGCCUGGGCCUGCAGCCUGGGCCACCCACCACUGUGGCCUGGGACCACCCCUUCUGGAAGCAACACCAUCCUGGGCCUGGGUCAUGGAUGCCUGACCUGGGUGACCUGGGGCCACUCUUAGGAAGCCCACUCAUCAUGGCCACGGAACCUGGGUCACACACAAGUGUGGCCCAGGGCCCAACCUCAGGAGAUCCACCACCCACACACCAGGCUGAGAUCUGCCUGGGUCACGUUCCGGAGCACCUUGAGAUAAUGAACGUGAAUGCAUGUUAAGGAAGCAAACGCGGGCAUGGUGUGUGCCAGCCACUGUCCUCACCAGAGCUCAGGAAGGCAGUAUUGAGGAGCACCUAGAGGGGCAUUGCCAGGCAAGACUAUUAUGAGCCUUUCAGGAGGAGCUCCACCAUGAACACCUGCUCACUACACCCUCAGAGAUGGCUCUUGUUGCCAUGUGACUCAUAAGCCUUCUAGGAGGAGAGUGGAAGCUGGUUCUGCUGCUCAUCCUUGUAGUGAGUGGGGGUCUGUGCUGCACUCGCAGGUUUGGCGUGCUAGUGUGCUGUAAGAUUACUGCUACUGCUACUACCACUGGAUCCUGAGAAAGCCACCUGAGGGCUCUAGUUGUUAUCCUUGCACUGACUGUUGCUCUUUAUUUAUUGUGGAGUACCAGAACUAUUUACUGUAAUGUAUCAUUCAGUAUGCGUCAGUGCAUGGAUUCAUCAAGUUGGAUAGGUGAAGCAUAGUGAGUGGUGCUCCAUUGUGCUUUAGUCAUUAGUCUCCGGCCAGGGUGUUGAGGUAAUGUGUCUUUGUUUUCAGAAUCCAGACCCUCGGAAGAUGCAGAUCAUGCUUACGGGGUUCCUUAAUGGUAAGAACGCAAGGAUCUUCAUGGGAGAGUUGUGGGACCUGCUUCUCUCUGCUCAGGCCAGUCCAUCAGGGAUUCCUAAACAGUUCCUUGACCAGAAGAAGGAAGAGCUGAAAAAGAAAAUGGAGGAGGAAGAGAGACUACAAAAGAUCCAAGAAGCGAGGCGAGAGCGAGAUAAAGAGAAGGAGAAAGAGAAAGAGCGAGACAGAGAUCGAGACAAAGAGCGGGACAAAGAUAGGAAAGAAAGGAGGAGCCGCAGCAGAGACAAGUCUUCCCGCAGCUCUCGUCGUGACCGUUCACGCUCCCCUCGCUCCAAGGACGACAAGAAGGACCCUAAGAAAGAGUCAUCUAGCAGAUGGGACAAGAAGGAUGAUGGAAGCAAGCCUAAGGAAGAGAAGAAGGAGACCAAUGGAGAUGCAUCCUCCAAAGAGAAAUCCUCUGUUGGCAAGUCACCAAAGCAUGAGGGCUCCCCAAAACCAGACGCAGCCGUGGCAGCAGCAGCAACAACAGGAGCGGCGAAGCAGGAGAAAACAGAGCCUCCAGCGAAAAAGGAGCGCAAUGAUCGGAGUGAGAGGGGCCACUCAAGGGACAGGAAGAGCAGCAGGAGAUCUGACAGGUCACCAAGAGGUCGAUCCCCAAGAAAGGAUGAUGAUCGCAGACGCAGGAGCUCUCCUCGGAAGCGGUCCCCAAGCCCAAGGAAACACUCUCCAGCCCACCGCAAGAGAUCCCCCAGCCCCCGCAAGCGGUCCCCUAUCGAGCGCAAACCCUCCCCCGGCCCUCGCAAGCGCUCCCCACCACCACGCAAGCGCUCCUCCACCCCACACAAAAGGUCAGGAAGCCCCAGGAAGCGUUCACCUUCUCCCAGGCCCAAACCCCGAAGACGUCCCUCGCGAUCCCCAAGUUCCAACUCAGAGUCUUCCAGUGCAUCGAGGUCAUUAAGCCGGACACCACCAAGGAAUAAGGAAGAUGACUUCGAAAUUCAUCGUAAAGAAGAUUCUGUCCUCAAGAAGAGACAGUACAGGUCAAACAGAGAUCCCUCAAGUUCUGAAGAUGAGGGCCCAGCACGCAAUGCUGGCGGGGAUCAUCGGGGAGGGGGAGGCUCCCCUCGCCGAUCCUCACCUCGCUUUGCUCGGCGGUCCAUCUCCCCUCGCCGGGGCAGAAGGAGUCCAUCUCCUCGUUACCGACGCAGGUCUCCGAGUCCACGCCGCCACAGCCCCAGCCCCCCAAGAUUCCACCGGAGGUCCAUCAGUCCCCGUCCCAGGCGGUCAAUGAGUCCCAAGGGCAGCCCCAGGAUGCGGCGGUCACCUAGCCCUCGGGGCAGGAUGUCCCCACCCAUGAGGAGGGGCCGCUCCCCCAGCCCCAGAGGACGAAGGUCAACCAGCCUAAGAGGGCGAAGGUCACCAAGUCCUAGGGGCCGGAGGUCAUUAAGCCCAAGGGGUCGGCAGUCAAUCAACUCCAGAAACCGCAGGUCACCAAGUCCUAGAGGAAGAAGGUCAGCAAGUCCAAGGCGGAGGCCCUUGUCGCCCCCACAGAGGUACCGUACCUCUCGUUCACGGUCACCAGUUCGCAAGAAGCACCGCAGUUCCUCUAGGUCCCCGCGAAGAGGAGGAGGCCCUGUGGCGCCCCUCCCAGCCACCACCAAGAAACACAACAUCAAUAAUGCAAGUCGCCUAAUGCAGCUUGCCAACUACUCAGCAGACACAAUAAAGGAAGUCCAGUACAAGCUGACCAGGAAUGAUGACUCAGACUCGGGCGAUGCCAGGCCGGACCGCAGGCCAUCCAAACGGAGGUCUCGCUCGAUGGCUGACUCCACGUCCCCAAGGCAGAGGAGGCGAUUGGACUCAGGCUCAGCUGAUGGCUCUGCUGAGGAAGAAGAGGAGGAUGAUGACGGCUCCUCCAGCAGAGAGUCAUCACCUGUUGAGAAGAAGAAGAAGAAAAAGAAGAAGAAGCAUAAGAAGAAGGAGAGUAGCUCAGAUUCUGAUCUCUCAGAGGCAGAAGAAAAGAAGAAGAAAAAGAAAGACAAGAAGAAGAAGCACAAGAAACACAAAAAACAAAAGAAACACAAGAAGCACAGACAUGAGGAGUCUGAGAGUGAGUCAGAGGAAAGCGUCGGAGGGGAGGAGCUGGAGCGCAAGCUAAGAGAGAAGGCGCUGCUCUCCAUGAAGCGCCAGGAGCGGUCCUCAGCGGCCUCAGAUUCAGACUAAAGCCUGGCUCCCUUGCACUGUGCCAAGGGGAGCCACUUCUUUGCUAGGGAGUCACUGUCGCACUUGCCUCACCCUCAUAGGUUUGACCAGGUAAUAUACGUCUUAGGAUAAUGUUAAUGUGAUGGUAGUGACAUGGAAGGAUGAUGAUGCUCAUCAAUUUAAAGAGUAAAGCCAUAACUAAAACAGUGUAUAAUUCUUUAUCCUCCAAGAUGUAAGGCUUGGCUAAGGAUAAUUUGGGGAGUUCCCAACAAGUUGUAGGUGAUACCCUAUGUAUCUGAUACACCAGAAGAAAAAGUGUGUCUUGUCUGCCCCUGUCUUUCAAGGAAAGUGGCAAGAAAAUAAUCAUACUUACUUACUCUGCUUCAAAAAUUUGUCUUAUUUGUAUCUAAAUAAGUCUUCCAUUUUGUAAAAUAUAAACAGGAAAGUUCAUAUAUGUAUCUUAAGGAAACAAUGUUGAGAUUCAAUGGAAAAGUUGAAAUUAGACCCCUUGUAUGGAAGCUAAAUUCUAAAUUCCUCAUGACAGGUAACACUGUGAUGGGAACCUCAUCAUUCUUGUGUUGUCUCAUUCCUUAGGUGAAGGGGGAAGGUAGUUUAUGUUGCUGGAGGUUGUUGGUGGUUCAUAUGAGUAUUGACAUACUGAGCUUCCAAACCUUUGGUUUUGGUGCUCAGAUUUUGGAGUUCUUGGCGAGGGAAGUUGAUUUAGACUUUUCUCCAGGUGAUUGUUAUGACUUGCAGAUAGAUGCUAGAAGCUAGUUGGCCAUGGAAAUUUGUCAUAAUCACCAGUCCAUUUCCUGUACCAAGCAAGGUAUAGAAAGGGAGUCACAGACUAGAGAAACAAGAAAAUAGUUGCAGUCAGAAGAGAUUACUUGGUGAAGCUGGUAGCUGCUGAGUUCACACACACACGCCACAUCUCAUUUUUUUGCUGACAGGAGUGGUAUCUGACCCCCCUUGAACAAGAAUGGGUGUGUGGAGUGUGAGGUCAUAUCAGUACCCAUACACUGGUCCUCUCAGCUCAAAAGAAUUCUUUAUACAGAAGGGUACUCGCUGGCAAUCGCAAAUCCAACACGUGAUUUGACGGUGAGUGAUUAACACACACAUUGUCAAUAUCUGUGCAGGUGGACAAAGAUUUAAAUCUUUCAGUCACUUGUGCUCCCUGUCUUACUGUAUGGCUGUGAGACAUGGACACUGAAUAGUGAAUUGGAGAGGUGUUUUGAUGUCUUUGGCACCAAGUGCCUUUGCAGGAUCAUGGGAUAUCACUGGAAUGACCCUGUCGAACCAGCGACUACUCUGUGAAACUGAAUUGAGGCCUGUUGCCAGCUUAGUCCAUGAACACCAACUCCGACUGUAUGGGCACAUGGCACACCUUCCGAAUGUCAAUCCUGCUCACAGGGUUGUUUCUGUACGAGACAACCCUGAGUGGAGGAGACCAUGUAACUCAUGGCUGGGGCAAGUCAGCCAAUCCUGCCGGCAAGGCCUUGGGCAGCUGCAUGGGAGCUUGCUCAGGAGGACCGGUGGGAGUAUGGACGGUGAGUGAGUGUAGUGACGUACCCCUGGGCGUAUGCUCCCCAUUAGUUAUUUAGUUAUCUGAUGACAGCAGUUGGAAAUGAGAUGGCAAACUAUCUUCUACCUCACUAUAGCACCUGAUGCAAUCCAUGUCCUGUUGUAGAGGCUUACCCUGUUAUGUGUUCUACUCGUGGUGUGCUCUUAGUAACCUUUGCCCACGUUUCAAGCUUUAAACUUAACAAUUGUAUGGUCCUGAACUUUUUGAUUUUCAUUUUUUCUCUCUCCCUGCUCCUUCCCUAAUUCUCUCAGUAUCACUAGUACUAAUACAGAAUUUUUCUUCAUUUUAUAGUUUUAAAUUUA